GGGUCCUUAGCAAGUGAAUCAAUAGAGUGACUAAUUGCUCGAUAAACGCUCACAGCAAUCCAACUCGAAGAGACUUUUUUUUUACCCCCUCUCUCCCGUCCGUCUUCGUACAACUCUUGAAGCAAGUUGGACGUUCGGUCGGUUGCAUUGCAAAAAGGUCCGUCGUCGUAUAGCAGCAUCCCACGGGGGAAAGAAGAUAAAUCUAAAAGAACUUAGAUAGUGUGACCGUUGUUACUUGCUAGCUGGUCAUUCUCUUCGGAAGAUAUUUAUAUAUACCCACCGCAGACUCGAUCAUCUACCAUUUCGAUGCCCUUUACAAGUGCCAGCUGACACUUUUUCCUGAUUCCUACAGCAAAUUAGCUAUAUUCCAUCUUCCUUCAUUUCUGAAAAUGGAUUGCUAUUAGUGAGAGUUUUUAGAAAUAAUGUAUUGAAUAUUUGAUACUGACGUCGAUGAUACAACUUUAAAGUGUUCUCAGAAACUUUGUUUUGAUUUCCAUCGUCGUACUAUCACUUCGGAGGAGGGAAUAUAAAUCAUCAUUGAUAACAAAAAAGAAGAAGAUAUAUUUCAUGCAAAAGUGUAGAUGAGCAUGCAUUGAGAUACUGUCUCACUAAGACUACUGAAAACGUCGAGUUUGAAGACAUUUUGCUAACUAGGAGCUGUGUUUGACUCAAAGGAAGUUCUUCAAUCUGUGCGUGUAACUUUAAGAUAAUCACUUUGAAAGGGACAUCGUGAAAUUACCGAUUCUUCAUCGUGGCUCGUUUUGACCUCUUCCGAUCUCCUCAUCAUCCUCCUCCUCCUCCUCAUCCCAUGCUUAGAGACACGAAAUCGUUGAUGAACCACCAUCAAGACAUGGAUCGGAUCGACAUCCGCACGCUUUCGCUGCUCCGUGGGCCUCUGACCGAAAAAGGCGCACGGAAGCCCAAGUGCGCCCGGUGCCGAAACCACGGCAUGAUAUCCUGGCUGAAAGGGCACAAGAGACAUUGCAGGUUCAGGGACUGCCGAUGCGCCAAGUGCAACUUGAUCGCGGAGAGACAGCGAGUCAUGGCGGCCCAGGUCGCGCUGAAGAGACAGCAAGCAGCAGAAGACGCCAUUAUCCUCGGUCUCAGGGCCUGCUCGCCUAGUGGGCCUUACAACUAUCUCCCUCAGGGUCCCAUCUUUGGGGCUGCUCCUCCAGGCAGUGGUGACGGGUGCAACGCCGACGAGGACGACGAUGAUGACGACGAUGACAUGGGCCAAACGUGUGACUCACCCCUCGAUGACGUUGACAUGCCGCCCUCCCCAGAACGCGAGACGACAGAAGCGCUCAAGGAAAUAAAGGAUGACAUCGAACGUGAGUCUCCUACAACAAGUGUCCCGGAGCCGCCAAAGAAGGUCGUCGAGAAACACGAACUACCGGAACCCUCUGAGAAACCCAACGAAGAUGGCGAAGAACCCAAGAAGAAGGCAAAACUCUCUGGACCUUUGGACACCUUCAAUGGCAUGGCAUCCAGCUUCGUGUCGCCAUUCCGUCCAGGAAGGCUGUCACAAACAGAGAUCCUGACACGGUUGUUCCCUCACCAACGCAAAGCCGUCUUGGAGCUAGUCCUGCAGGGGUGCAGCGGUGACCUGGUCAAAGCCAUUGAGCACUUCCUCAGCGCCGGUGAGUCCGUAAAGAACAACGGCAGCGCCUCCUCGCGGUCGGACCACGCGCACUCUUCAGAGAAAGAUCAGAACGAGAUGUAUCAUAUCCCGUCUGGACUACCCACGAUUCCAGGACUGGGUUCUUCGAUUUUCCGUACCCCAAUGCACACUGACAAGCUAGGCGUCGGUGGUAUGAAGUCGGCCUUUACCCCUCUCCCACCUGCCAGCUCAGCGCCUCUCCCUCUUCUUUUCUCGCACAGACCGCCAAAUCCUUUCCAAGCAGACGCCCUCCUCGGUCGGACCUCAAUCUUCGCACCUUCCAGUCUGAGUGACCUUCAUGUUGGUGCAGCAGGACCUGGCAGGUUCGUGUUCCCAGCUAUGCAUCCGCUCAAUCUCUCUGGAAAGUUGGCUGCAGCGGCCAGCGAGGGAUAUCCUCGAUAUGUCUUUGCGCCCUACCCGACAUGUCCACCAGACUGCACGCAGUAUCCGAGCCUCCACAGCACCAGAGCUCCGGCCGGAAGCACCGGAAGUGAUUCGGAAAAGAGUCCAGGAGCCAUCGCUGAUCUUUCGGUUACGAGCAACGUUGAUUCAGAUUGAGAACAGAGUGAACUUUCAAGACUUUAUGAAAAGAUGAAAGCCAAGACUUUUUGUUUCUCAUGUCUACAGCGCCCAAACAAAUACAUUCCAGAGUUGUUUUUUGUCGGCAUACACCAAUCGAAACAUGUUCUGACCUCAUGGAUUGUGACGUCAUGGGAUAUGAUGAUUUGCUGUGUCGUCUUUGUAAAUGUGUCUUUGAAACGUGCCAAAAAAUAAAUAUGUCAGAAAUCGCAAGCUCUUAAUCGUAAAUGUUUGUGAAUGCCCUCAUUAAGUAUAAUUACAUCACAUUUUAGGGCAAAAUGUUGCGACCUGGUACCCGCCUAAUACUGUUUACACUAUUACACUACAUUCAUGGAUGUCAUUCUAUUUCAAUAAUUUUAUGAUGUCAUCAAAUUUAUUUUUCUCAUCAAAGGGUAUAUGACAUCGAAAGUGGACUAGAUUGAAUUGACUGAUAAUCAGUGCUAUUGUUUAUUGUUUCCAUUACCAUGAUUACUAUCGAAAAUGAUAGUUAACAAAAAAUACUUUUCGAAUCGCAUACAACGAAUAAUUUUCGUUAUAGAUGAAAUGUUUCUUUUUUGCCAAAGUAUGUGUAGAGAAAAGUUAGAGAAAACAACAAUAACCAACGAUUUGAUUCAUAAUCAUUUAAAGUAAAAACCAAGUAUCUUUUUUUCUUCUCAUUAAUCCCCCACCGCAUAAUGCCUACAAUAACAUAAUUAUCACAAUUGACUGUAAGACAAAACUUAAAAAGUUUUGCUGUUGAAAGAACAUCAAUUUAAAUUGUUGAAUAAUAUGAUUAAUUGGUGAAUUUAAACUAGUAAAAUAUUGUUCUUUUUCUUUCAAAUGCACAUGUAAGAAAAUAUUAUUUUUUAGAGUAGCACUUGAGGCUUUCAUCACCUUUAUGUGAUUUUAUAUUAAUUUAUGUAUAAUAUUUUCUACAGUUUCUAUUAUCUUCCUGAGGGUAGUAGUGCAUACGAAAUCUUUAUGCGAUACUAAUUCUAAGAGGCUGAAAUACAUAAUGAUGAAUUGUAUGUUUUGUCAUUUUUCUGCCAGGCUGAUCAUAGUACGUUCCUUUAUCAUAUUUAUCUGAAAAUAGGCUGAUUUAUGUAUAAAAUUGUGUUCAGUGUUUUGUUGCCAAUAUUUAUUUUGAAGAGCCCUCUACCCUUUGAGUGCCACAUGUGAUUAUUUAUACACGCAAUGAGUAACACUGUAUUGAGUUUGCACCAAACAGGUGAAUUGUCUCAAAUCUCUAAGUGAAAUGAAAUGUAUUCAAACCAAAAAUUAAUAAAGAAGAAAAAACAAAUGUUUUGGUUUCCUGUCAUAAGAGGUCUUUAAGUGAAAUUGAUAUUCAAAUCUAAAUUCCUCUUUGAUAUGCUUUCAACUGAUCAUGUUUAAAAGUUGAUUUAUAAUACAUAAUACCUUUGAAGUUAGCUUUGGCGAUUCCCUUUGAAAACAAUUGCAUAAUUUUAAAUAUAUAUAUAUUAGUACUGUGGAAACGGACGACUAUGUGUACAUAGAGCCGAAAAUAACUAUUAAUUUCUUUUUGCUGAAUGGCUGUGCAUUUGGGAAUCUACGCAAUGAUUGUAUUUAUUUAUAGUAAAAAUGCCAGAAUAUUCGUUCUUACAUGUUUCUUGUAACUUCAAAAUGAGUAAAAAAAAUGUAUAAUAGAUUACAAUUUGUUUCAUUCGCUUUCGUUUGAGCAGUAUCAAACAUAAAAUCGAACUAUGUAAGACCACCUGUUGAAUGUUUGAAUAUGUUGUUUAUAUAUAGAUAAUAAAUUGGUUGGAUUUGUAAUAUAACAAUGAGUUAUUUAUGUGGAGUAUGUGGAAAAUGCGAAUUUAUAAUGUUUGCAGUAUUUUUGACUCGAUGCUCACGAUUAAAAUUCUAGUCUCCGAUUGAGACGUUGUAACAUAAUCAA